AUGUCGAAGCCCAUCCCACGAGCCUUGCCAUUUGCUGAUGCCGCAACCAUAGUGAGAGCUCACCAGAAAGACGCUUACUUCGAGUCGUCGUACCGUUCGCAGGUCCAAGAUGUGCUCCAGAUCAUCAAGGGCCAGCGGUUCAUCCACACACACCCUGAAGAAAUCACCGUGUUCACCAAAUCAUUAUACUUGGCCCUCACCACGCUUAUCGGAGCCAGAACCCUAGGCGAGGAGUACGUGGACUUGAUCUACGUGCACAAGUCGGGCAAGGGUUUGCCGAGGAUCAUACCGAGGGCAGGGUUCAUUUUGUCCUACGCGUUGGUGCCGUACGUUGUGUCGAAGUUGGUGAGACGUUUCCGACCCAAGGAAGACGACGACGAUGCCAACGACUCGCGAGGCGUGGUGGUCAAAUUCUUAUCGUCAUACCGCAGGGUGCUAGACACGUUGAUGAAUAUCCACAUUGCCAUCUUCUACUUCCAGGGUGAGUUCUACUCGUUGUCCAAGCGGAUCUUUGGCAUGCGUUACGCCUUUGGCCACAACAAGGACCCCAAGAAGCUCCGCAAGGCCGGUAACUACUCGUUCUUGGGUGCUAUUAUCCUCAUGCAGUUUCUCGUCAAGGGUAUCAUUCACCUCAAGAACUACAGCGACGAAAGGGCAUCCAGAACCAACGGCAAGAAUGGGUCUCCAUCUGAUGACACCAGUUCGUCCUCGCUCCAGAUCACGGCCAUUGACCAGUUGAAGGGCAUAAACCUCCAGAAUACCAGCUCAGUCGUGGACCUCGACGACCCUACCCAGUUACCCUACCUUCCUUCCAAUGCACGCUCGUGUAUGCUAUGUCUUUCGUCCAUGGUGAAUCCAGCAGCUGCCAAUUGUGGACACCUAUUCUGCUGGGACUGCAUUGUUGAUUGGUUGCGAGAGAAUCCGGAGUGUCCAUUGUGCCGGCAGCUGUGCUUGGAGCAGAACUUGCUUCCUUUGAAGUAG